AUGAGUUGUUUUUUUUCUUUGUGUCCCAGAAAAAGGGCUACAGUUGACGACUGCAUUAACCAUGCCUGGAUAAGGCCAAAAAAGCAGAAUGAAGAGCUGCAGCGCAAGUCUGCGGUCAUCAACAUCGACAAUUUCAAAGCUUUCAUGGCCAGGAAGAGAUGGAAGCAAUCUAUGCGUGUGGUGAGUCUGUGUAACCGACUGUCCCGCAGCAUGCUGCUGAGGAAGAGCACGGACACUCUGGGCAGCAGGAACACGCUGGAUGAAGAGCGGCGUGAGAAACUGCCCUCGAUUACAGAGAGGAACGCAGCUCCGGAUUCUAAGGAACCAAAAGUACAAAAUGGUCCCUUGGAUAAAAUAGAUGAGCCAGUCGUGAAAAAAUUGCCCAACGAUGUCAAAGAUCUGGGAGAAGAACAAAAAGAGCUGCUGAAUGUGAAAGGGAAUAAUAACAUACUUUCUCAGCUUGGGUCCCAGACAAGAACGACAGACAAGCUCUCCUUUUCAGGCAUGACGUGUAAAUCCCCCGGAGCAGUUGCCUGUGCCAGUGCGCGUCCCUUCGCCACUUUGAAAAGCCCGAAACUGGUUACAAUAGACGAUGAUGUCAUUGAGUGUUGAUUUAUUGAGAAAGCCUGGUCCUUGGGCUCGUGAGUUUUCAUUGUCAUAUUUUACUUUUGGGUGAUUGUGUUAUUUUUUUAAGGAAAUAGGUUUGCUCCUUUUUAGAAGUGUUGGAAUAUAGUGUUCAUUCUUUUUUUUUUUUGCAGUCACUGUCAUUUUGAAUAUUGAUGACAUUAAAAAAUUAUGUCUGCUGAUGCUCAUUGAAACUCCAUUUGCAACAGAUUUCAAAACGAUUUCUUCCGUUUACUCCUCUAAAUUUGUCUAAAAAUUGAAAUAUAAUGUCAAAAUAUGUCCAUAAGUGCUUAAUCCCCAUCUGUUUCUUUUAUUCUUUUUUUUUUUUUUUUACAUUUACCUUCACCCUCCAAACGAAAUGUGCCCCAUUGUUGUUAUCAAACUAAAUCUCAUGUUUACGCUUCUUUUUGCUCUUAUUGGAAAUAAUAAUGAUAAUGAUUCGAAAUAAUGAUAAUAAUAACACAUGUAGUUGUCGAUGGACCAAAUAAUACAGAGGCUACUUUUUACAAGGGAUCAAGGGACGUAACUCAGACUGGAAACGGCUAAGAAAAAGAAAGCGUUGUUAUCCCCCUUCUUUUACCACAGCCUGGUAUUUUCAGUGGCAGCUCUGAAUGUGGGCAUAACACAAUACAAAUGUACAUAGCAUUUAGUCUUUGAUGUUUUCUCUUUUUUUUUCCUGUCGUGUUUUUUCCCCGUCCUGACAUUUACCCAGCGAUGAAUCCUGGGUCGAGUCUAUUAUUGUGCUUAAAUUAGCCGGCCUUCUUCUUCCCAUCUACUGUUGACUCACUAAACUAACGAUUGGCGAGGUGUGAGGUUUAUCUGCUAACCGACUGUCUUUAACCUGUUUCAAUUUGUUGAAGUAUGCCAAAUAUAUGCGUGUUUAAGUAGCCUAUGCUUUGAUGAUUUGACAACCGUUUCGCGAGAUCCUCAAGAAAGUA